UACCCCGCCCACCCUUUGCCAUGUGGUGGCAAAGCCUUUAUAUUCCUGCCUCAGUGACCUCAGCUCAGAGCAGACAGAGUGAGUCUGAGGAGACUGAUCAAAGAGCUGUGAAGAAGAAGAAGAAGAAGAAGAUGCUGCUGCUGGUGUCUGUCAUACUCUUCCUAGGAGCAGUGAGACAGUCCUGGGCCAAAACCAGGACUUUGGAGUACUACAUCGGCGCCGUGGAGACGACCUGGAACUACCUUGAUUCAGGGGACAUAGACUUGGCCUCCAGUCAAAGACCUGACAUCCCAAAAUAUACCAAGGCCAUUUAUGUUGAAUACAAAGACUCCACAUUUACAACCCAGAAAUCAAAGCCGCCAUGGGCCGGUAUCCAAGGUCCAACCAUCCGAGCCCAGGUGACCGAUAAAGUUGUGGUCCAUUUCAAAAACUUUGCGUCACAACAUUUUAGUAUUUCUCCCAUUGGGAUUCCCUACUGGAAACAAUCAGAAGGUGCGGGAUAUGAAGAUUCAACCACCGCUCAGGAGCAGGAGGAUGACGCUGUUGCUCCUGGCGGCUACUACACAUACGUGUGGGACAUUCACACCCAGAGCGCCCCGACGUCCACAGACCCAGACUGCCUCACGUAUUCCUACUCUUCCCGAGUCGACAUAGUCAGGGACUUCAACUCGGGGCUCAUCGGACCAUUAUUAAUCUGCAAAGCAGGUGUUCUGACAGAUGAGGGCAGGCAGAAGGUUCCAGAGUUCAUCUUGCUUUUUGCUGUGUUUGAUGAAAACAAGAGCUGGUACAGGAACCUGGAAAGGUCCCUGGACAAAUUCAAAAAGCCUGAAAUGGCCAGAGAAUACCAUACCAUCAACGGACAUUUCAACUCAUCUUUACCUGGUCUGACUCUGUGUCAGGGCUAUGAGGAUGUAUCCUGGCACCUGAUCGGUGUGGGCACCUCUCCUGAGAUCCACUCCAUCCAGUUUCAGGAGUACUCGCUGGUGGUCAUGAAACACAGAAAGGUGUCCUUGGAGAUGACCCCCAUGACCUUCACUACGGCACUGAUGAAGCCGCUCUCGGAGGGGAGGUUCCAGAUCUCCUGCCGGAUCCACUCCCAUAAGCAAGCCGGCAUGAGUGCCAUCUUCUCGGUGGAGACAUGCGCAGAUGCCACGGGCCCAGACAGGCGCAAUGCCAAUGAUGAGGAGGACUUCGGGUUCUCGCUCGAGGACCUCAUGUCCACUGUUGUCUUUCAGCGUGGAGGCAUUGCGUCCGUCCUGAGGUCGGGGAGUAAGGGACGACCCAAAGUGUGGGUCCACUACAUCGCCACAGAGGAAGUGACCUGGGACUAUGCUCCAAAUGUUAACGAGGGUGACAGGCUUUUUUCCUCUGAGAACUUGAGACGUGAUCCGCAGCGCUUGGGGAAGGAGUAUAAGAAGGUGAUGUAUGUGGAGUACACGGACAAGAGUUUCACUAAGAGAAAGGAGAGAAGCCCAGGCAAGGGACUGAUGGGGCCCGUCCUGACGGGAGAGGUUGGAGACAAAUUCCAGAUUGUUCUCAAGAAUCUGGCUAAUCGGCCAUACAACAUCUAUCCCAAUGGCUUGACAAGCAUUUUGUCACUACAUCGACAAGCAACCCAUAAGGACAUGAGCACACUUGCAAUACAACCAGGCGAGUCCUUUACAUACCUCUGGAAACUGACAUCUGAGGACGGUCCCACGGACGCCGACCCACGAUGCCUCACCCGCCUGUACCAGAGCACUCUCAACCCUGAGAUGGACUUAGCCUCUGGGCUAGUGGGACCCUUCAUCAUCUGUAAACAAGGCUCACUGGACCGGUCAGGCAGAGUGGUAACUUCAGAUAAGGAGAAGCAUUUGAUGUUUGCCAUAUUUGAUGAAAACAAAAGCUGGUACCUCAAAGAAAACAUUAAUAAGUACAGUGACGACCCUUCUGCAAUAAAUACUCAGGAUCCAGAUUUCUACAACUCUAAUGUUAUGAAUACUGUAAAUGGACUGAUGUACAGCAACCUCCAAUUUAAGAGUUGCCUGGGCGACGUCACCUUCUGGCAUCUGGCAAACGUGGGGACACAGAGCGACUUUCUGUCAAUUUACUUCACUGGAAAUCCUUUUGAGAAAGACAAAGUGUACGACACAGUCCUCACACUCUUCCCCAUGAGCGGGGAAACAGUUGCAACAGAGAUGGAGACACUUGGUGAGUGGGAGAUCAGUGCUUUUGACCCUAACCUGAAAGCCAAAGGGAUGAGUGCCCAGUAUUCAGUGUUCCACUGUGAAAAGGGGUUACCCCUGGUGGACACUGAGGAUGAUUAUGAUGAUUUUGAAGAUUAUUUCCCACUACCCAUGGUGAGGGGUGCCAGAGGAGGCCAGGGAAACCGGACCGUAGCCAUCCAAGUGUGCCGGAAGUCGCAAGGAAAUGACACACAGCUGGAAAACACUCUCCCCAUGGAAGGAACGGAAAGCAAGAGAAAGAUGGUGUGUGAGGUGAAGUACAUCAGUGUGGAGGACGAGGCGGACAAUGAUGUUCUCUCAAAUGGUGGGAUACCCGAGGACAUUCUGGAGGAACUGGAUAAAGAGUUGAAAGGGGACCUAGAAAAGCGACAGAAGAGGUCACUAAUAGUGGAAAACACUGAGGGAGACACAUCAGCGGAAGAAGACCUGGAGGUCAGUGGUGGAGCUUUGCCUGAUUUUCCAGACCAUAUUGAUUUGGUAGGUCUGGGAGAAGCCCAGCUGACGACAGUGGAGAACACCACUGAGGUAGAUGUUGAUGAAAGCUCUUCAGAGAAGAACAAAACCUUAAAUGACUUCUUUGGAAACAUCCUCCGAAGACUGGUCCAACAUUCUUUGAAUGACCCUAUCCAGACACUGAACGAGACCUGGGAGGAGGUGAACAAUAGCGUGGAGAAUGAUUCUGACCGACAAAACAGGAGCAAGCUACAGAGACGACAAGCACUUGACCUUAUAAAGCACACAGAGGAGGAUAGUUUGAUGGACCUGCAUAGCGGUAACGACAUCCUUAGAGAACCAGCUCUGAUUGAAGAUAACACAUUGGACAGUCUAAACUCACUGUACUUUGCUGACAAAGACCCAGAUAAGUUAAUGGUAGACCUUGGCGUCCUGGAGGAUUUGUCCAACUCCACAGACAAUACGACAGACACAAGACAGACAUUUUCAUUUGAAUAUGACGACUACAGUGAUGAAAAGAACUUCUCCAUGAAUGAUAUCCCUCAUGAGGAGCUUUUGAAUGCAAGAGCUGUCAAAGUAAACUUCCGCAGCUAUUACAUUGCAGCUGAGGAAAUCAUGUGGGAUUACGGAAUCAAGAAACCCCAUCAACUCAUUAAGCCAAAAGAAAUGCGACGUGGAUACAGGAAGUACUUCCCAGAGUACAAGAAAGUAGUUUUCCGUGCUUACCAGAAUCGAGACUUCCAGGUGCCUGUCAAUCAAGGAGAACUUGAUAAACACCUUGGAAUAAUGGGACCAGUGCUGAAAGCAGAAGUCAAUGAUGUGCUGACAGUGGUCUUCAGGAACAAAGCCUCCAGGCCCUACUCUCUGCACCUUCAGGGGGUUUAUGACAAGUUCCAGGGGCAGACGUCUCCCAGCGGGAUCCCUGGGCAGGACUUCAGGCCAGAUGAGGCCCCCGGAGAGCCUGUGCCUCCUGGGGAGGAGAGGGUCUACAACUGGAGAAUCUCUAAACGUCAGGGACCUGCCGCCAAAGAUUUUGACUGCAAGACUGGCGCCUAUUACUCCAACGUUAACAAGGAGAAGGACAUAAACUCUGGACUGAUUGGCCCCCUGUUGAUCUGUAAGCCAGGGACUCUCAAACCCCCCACACUUCAGCAACCAGGGGUACGGGAUCUCUUCCUCCUCUUCACCAUCUUCGAUGAGAGGAAGAGCUGGUACAUGGAGGACAAUAUCAAUACAUUCUGCACUCCCCCUUGCAAAGCCAAUAAGAAUGACCCCUGGUUUGAGAUGAGCAACAAAUUUUCAGCCAUCAAUGGAUUUGUGGCGGAGACCCUUCCUGGGCUGGCUAUUGAGCAGUACCAGCAGGCCCGCUGGCACCUCAUGAACGUGGGGAGCGGGGGCGAGUUCCAUGCUGUCCACUUCCACGGACUCCCAUUCAGCGUCAAGAACGGCGAGGAGCACAGGAUGGGUGUGUUCAACCUCUAUCCAGGUGUGUUUGGUACGGUGGAGAUGUGGCCGCCUAUGCUGGGUACCUGGUUGGUGGAGUGCACCAUAGGGGAGCACCAGCUCUCCGGCAUGAGAGCCAAGCUGCUGGUCUAUAACCCAAAGUGCAUUCAGCCACUUGGGAUGCAGUCAGGAAUGAUUGACGAUGAGCAAAUCUCAGCUUCGGACUACUAUGGCAACUGGGAUCCAAGCUUGGCCAGGUUGGAACUAUCUGGGUCAGUUAACGCCUGGAUUGGCAACACAAAAAUAUCAUGGCUACAGGUGGACCUACGGAAGCCUAUGCUAAUACACGGAAUCCAGACCCAGGGAGCGCGAACCACUAUGGGCCUCUCAGAGACUUUCACCAUGUUCUACACCCUAUCGUACAGCAUGGACAACGAGCAUUGGAAUAUCUACCGAGGGAAUAGCUCCGAUCCAUCCAGAUUUCGAGGCAACCAGGAUGGCUCGAGCAUAAAGGAGAAUCUCCUGUCCCCACCCGUCCUUGGCCAGUACAUCAGAGUGAAUCCAACCGAAUUUAAGGGCCGUCCCACUUUUCGCUUGGAGCUGCUGGGGUGUGAUGUAAAUAGCUGUUUGAUGCCUCUGGGAAUGCAGAAGGCCAUUCCUGACAACAGCAUCACAGCCUCCACCUACCUGCACAAGUGGCUGCUGGCUUGGGCCCCUGCCCUGGCAAGGCUCCAUAAGGAGGGCCGGGCCAACGCCUGGAGGCCGAAGAGCAAUGACCCCCACCAGUGGAUCCAGGUGGACUUCGGCAAGCAGAAGAGAGUGACGGGCAUCAUCACGCAGGGGGCACGGGCCAUGCUCCAGCCCAUGAUGGUCACCGAGUUUGCAGUGUCCACCAGCGACAACGGCCACUCCUGGACCAUGGUGAUGGAGGACAGGACACAGAGUGUGAAGAUCUUUGAAGGAAACAUGGAACACCAUGAAGAGAAGAUGAACCUCUUUGAUCCUCCUAUCUUUACCCGCUACAUCCGCGUACAUCCCAAAGGCUGGAUUAAUGACAUCGCGCUUCGAAUGGAGUUCCUCGGGUGCGAAACACAACAGAGGAUCUAAAUGCGCCACAUGAGGAGGAUGGAAGCCGAAAAAUAAUAUUGAGCGCUUGCUUCUGAAAGACUCUUUUGUAUAACUCAUGACUAUCCAUGUUUUUUCUGUCAGUGCUGGGUGUUACACAUUGAUACACACAAAAGUCACAUGGUGAAGAAGGUUAGAUUCCACAUUCCACUAAUAUAUCCACACAACCUCUGUUUAAUUUGAAAUCUCUGUAAAUAUCAUGUAAAUCAUGCUGUAUUUAUUUUGUAUAUCAAAAGUAUUGGUAUGUCACACUUGUGUGAUAUAUUGUGUUUGCACUGUGAAGAGAGAAGAAAGACUAUUUUACCUGGGGGAUUUUAUGGGGGAAAAUUAAACUUAUAUUUUAAAUA